CCCUUGUCAGUGAUGGAGGGAGAUUCAGUGACUCUAAACUCUGGUCUCACUAAAAUAACAGAUGAUGAUCAGAUUGAAUGGAUUUUUCUAUUAAUUAAUUUAGUUGAGUUCAAUAAACGUGAUGACAGAAUAACUGUAUAUGAGGAUGUUCUUGGCGGGAGAUUCAGAGACAGACUGAAGCUGGACAAACAAACUGGAUCUCUGACCAUCACUAACAUCACAACUGAACAUGCUGGAAGUUAUAGACUACGGAGAACUGGAGGAUUAUAUUCAUCAAAAAUAAUCAGCGUUUCUGUCUACACUCGUCUGCCUGUACCCGUCAUCAGCAGUACCUCUUCACAUUGUUUUUCAUCAUCAUCAUCAUGUUCACUGGUGUGUUCAGUGGUGAAUGUGAGUCAUGUGACUCUCUCCUGGUACAAAGGAAACAGUUUAUUGUCCAGCAUUAGUGCGUCUGAUCUCAGCAUCAGUCUCUCUCUACCUCUGGAGGUGGAAUAUCAGGAUAAAAACAGCUACAGCUGUGUGCUCAACAAUCCCAUCAGCAACCAGACUCAACAUCUGGACAUCAGUCAACUCUGUCCCAAAUGUUCAGGUGACUCUAAUGACAUCAUCCCCGUGAUUGUGAAGGUGGGAGAUUCAGUCACUCUGAACUCUGGUCUUACUAAAUUUAGGAACGUUGAUUUGAUUCAGUGGAAGUUUGGAAUGAAAGACACUUUAAUAGCUGAAAUGAAUAUUUUGGCCGGCAAAGUCACUGUAUAUAAUGGUCCUGAUGGAAGAUUCAGAGGCAGACUGAAUGUGGAUCAUCAAACUGGAUCUCUGACCAUCACAAACACCACAAAUGAACACAGUGGACAUUAUAGAAAAGAGAUCAACGGUGUGAUCGAGAAUAUGCUUCUCGCUACCCAAAAUGAAAUAUCAGUGAAGGAGGGGGAUUCAGUCACUCUAAACGCUGGUUUUACUCAGUUGGAUUUUUGGGAUUUUAUUCAAUGGCAUUUUGUCCUAAAUAAAGAAUUGGAAGUACUGAUCGAUUCAGUCACUCAAUAUAAAAACGCAGCUAAUGGGAGAUAUAGAAACAGACUAAAGUUGGACAAAAAAACUGGAACUCUGACCAUCAGAAACAUGACAACUGAAGAUGCUGGAUUGUAUUUACUAGAUACCUUAGAUGUGUUCAGUCUUUUCAACGUUACUGUCUACGAUUCUCUGAAGCUGUGAUCCGAUUGGUCCUCUCUGCUCUGGUGGGCGUGGCUACUGUCAUUCUUCUGGUUUAUGACAUCAGAUCCAGAAGAGCUGAACAAGAUCAAACUCAUAUUAGAAACAUGAUGUAAUUUCUCAUAUAACUAUUUCAAUCAUUUUUUAAUCUUCAUGUAUUUUAAAUGGCUUUAUAUAUUAAUCUGCUGCAUCAGCAUUCAUUCAUUGCUGGCACAUUUCAACUGUUGAUUUGUGAACAAAAGUAACAAAAUGCUCAAAAUGCGAGUGUUUGUCAUGAUAAAUACUAAUGAUUACUACUUUCUAUUUGCCUUUAUUUGUACCAUCUAAUCUUCAUAUUUGAUUGAGGGAUUUAAGCACACUUUCUUGUCUGGAGCUCCUCCUGGGUGAACAUGAACGAAUGAAAAUAAAAAGAGGUCUCUCUUUCCUCUAUUUUUAAAUCUAGUUUGAAAGGUUUUAUAUUUCCCUCAUAUAAGUCUCACAGAUCUCACUUUACAACUACUGAUUUACGUACAUCUAAUGUGGUUUGAUCUGUUGGUGGACAAACCGCUUCUGCAUUAUGGGCCGUUUACACAAAAUGCGUUUUUUCAUAACUCUGCUUUUCCGUUGUUAAAGUGUCAUGAAACCCCUCUGUUUCAGCACUGGUCUUUUACACCUUAUAUUUGAAAAAUACUCCAGAAAUGGGCAUGUAAAGCUGUGGAAAAGUGGGAGUGAAGAAGGUAGAAAACAACCAAUAAAACACUACAACCAGUGGUCAUUUUUUUUUAAACGAUUC